UGUGUCUGCAGAUGGACUUGGAACCAGAGGGAAAGGUCUACGUCCUUAUUACCCUUACUGGAUCGUUCACUGAUGAUGUUGCAGUAAUAAAAGAAAACACCCACAAACAGUUUACAAGGACGCGGCAGGGCGCCGUGAGGCGAAGGAUCCACCAAGUCAACGGACACAAGUUCAUGUCCACUUUCCUCCGUCAGCCUACCUUCUGUUUCCACUGCAAGGAGUUCAUCUGGGGUGUUUUUGGAAAACAAGGCUACCAGUGUCAAGUGUGUACGUGUGUAGUUCACAAACGAUGCCACCAGCUGGUUGUAACUGUGUGUCCACGGAUGAAGAAGUCGGCCAAAGAGCAGGAUACAACUCAAGGUUUCAGCAUCAACGUCCCUCACAAGUUCAGCAUACACAACUACAAGUCUCCCACCUUCUGUGAUCACUGUGGUUCGCUGCUGUGGGGAAUAGUUCGGCAGGGCCUGCACUGCAAAAUCUGCAAAAUGAACGUUCACAUCCGCUGCAAAGGCAACGUUGCCCCAAACUGUGGAGUCAACAGCGUUGAACUAGCCAAUAAGCUUGCAGAGAUGGGUCUGCAGGCUGGAGGGCUCUCCAAACGGAACACCAUGGUUAAAGAUCCAAGGAGGGCAUCAUCUGAGAGAAGGGAGAGUAGCAUCACAGAGGUCCAGCCAGAAACCCCUCGGCUGGGAAUCUCAGACUUCACCUUCCUUCAAGUUCUUGGGAAGGGUAGCUUCGGCAAGGUUAUGCUGGCGAAACUAAAUGGCAAAGAUCAUGUCUUCGCCAUCAAGGUGUUGAAGAAGGACAUCAUCCUGCAGGAUGAUGAUGUGGAGUGCACCAUGACAGAGAAGCGGGUGCUGUCUCUGGCCCGCUGUCACCCCUACCUCACGCAGCUCUACUGCUGCUUCCAGACACCGGACCGUCUCUUCUUUGUGAUGGAGUUUGUGAAUGGAGGCGAUCUCAUGUUUCACAUCCAGAAGUCCAGGAAAUUUGAGGAGGGCAGAGCGCGUUUCUACACAGCAGAGAUCACUUCCGCUCUGAUGUUCCUGCACAGCAAAGGAAUCAUUUACAGGGACCUAAAACUGGACAACGUGCUUCUGGACAAAGAUGGUCACUGCAAACUGGCAGAUUUCGGCAUGUGCAAGGAGGGUAUAUUUGAGGGCGUGGCCACGGGGACCUUCUGUGGCACUCCGGAUUACAUCGCCCCCGAGAUCCUGCAGGAGAUGCUUUAUGGCCCGUCCGUGGAUUGGUGGGCGCUCGGUGUGCUGCUGUAUGAGAUGCUGUCAGGACACGCCCCCUUCGAAGCUGAAAAUGAAGACGACCUCUUUGAAUCCAUCCUUAACGAGGAAAUCGUUUACGCAUCCUGGCUCAGCACGGAGGCGGUCAACAUCCUCAAAGCUUUUUUGACCAAAAACCCAGCGCGGCGUCUCGGCUGCGUAGAGUCAGACGGUGGCGAGAAGGCAGUGAUCAGCCACUCCUUCUUCACUUCCAUCGACUGGGAAAAACUAGAACGCAGAGAAAUAGAGCCACCCUUCAAGCCAAGGAUUAAAACACCUGAGGAUGUGAACAACUUUGACCCAGAUUUCACGCAGGAGGAGCCCACCCUCACACCCAUCGAUGACCCCAUGAUCCCUUCCAUCAACCAGGAGGAGUUUAGAAACUUUUCCUUCACUUCACCAGAUCUACUGGUGAUCUGAUUGGCUCCCCUAUCCUCCAAUCCUGUACUUUGCCCCCACUUUUUCCCUGCCUGUGUCUGCAGCUAUUCCUUGUACUUGGUCUUUGCUCAUCGCCCAGAAAUGUGGGCAAAUGUGUGUGAAGAGGAAGCAGAUUCUGAAAGCCUUUGACAAUUCAGCAAGAAACCAGAUGUAACUGAACUCCUAUGCACUGAUGGGAUCCUGGACAUCUCCGAUUGAGACUUUUUCUUGGUUUUUACUGUCAGGUGCCUUUAUUGGCCAUUCAAGUGUCUACAGGAUGUAUUUGAGAUGCUGUUGCAUUGAAACAAUUACUUCCGUUCAAGUCUUCAAAUGAAAUGCACUUUUAAAAAAACCCAAAACAUUCAUUUUCACUGUGUCCAAUUUUUGCUGAACAGAAACACACGAGUCAGAAAACAGAAAGCCAGUUUCACACAAAUCCUCCAGAUUCCAGGAAAAGUCAGAAUACCAGUUAAAUCCUGGAAAGACUGACUGAAGCGGAUGAAAUAGUUUUUCAGUGAUGCAUCCCCCUUCUGGAAAAACACACAGACUGGAGCACACUGUUUGAAUUAGUUUCCCAAUAUGUUUAAAAACCUUAGAUUUCGGAUGAAGCUAGAAACACAGCUGCUCUCUGAGAUGUUUUACUGAUUAAAGCUUACAGAACAGGUUCAAUAGGCUGGACCCAGCCGGGUACAGAUAAUAGGCAGUGUGUUUUAUUUAUUUGGGUCACACCUCAUCCAAAAGCUCCCCUUCUGUCUCUGACACGCUCUGUAAUUUGAUCAGCCGGGCAUGUUGAAUAUGAUGCAACAUUUCGCCUGCCGACUCAGGCUGAUGGUGAAAUAUCCAAAACUCUGUGGGUUUCACCAUGCAGCAGCGGAGCAAAGAGAGAGUGAAAACAGUCGGUGGGAUCUUGGCUGACUGAAAGGAGUCCUGGACCUUGCGUACAGUCAUUUUGUCACUCCAUUUACACGCUCUCUGCCUCUGCAAACACAGCUUGGGAAAGCUUCCCGCUCGUUGGGCAGACCUCAUGUUGGUAAAAAUCCAAGAAAUUCACAAAGGAAAAAAACUGUAGCUUAACAUUUUGGUUCUGUUAGUGGAAUAAAGAGCAAACAAACUGAGGGAGGAAACUCCAUUACCCUGGUGCUAACUGAUCCUCCUGUGUGCCCUUCAAUUUAGCUUUAUUUAUUUUUAUUGCAAACCAUUAUAAACAGGAAACCACACAUAGUGUCACAGCUGUCGCCUUAAAUCCAGACAGGAAGAGAAGAGCAACAAAGUAAUUACCAGGCCUUUCUGUGCUGCUGGGUAUUUAUAAGGCCCUCUAUGCUGAUGACAGGAAGCCUGAGGUGAACUCCUGCCUUAAACUGAGCAGACAUGAUCAAACCUGGGCGUCCAGGACACAGGCUUCUCUUGCUGGUGAAAGGGAAGUCUGGAGGCUCUACAUGUGUUAGUCUCCUCAGCCUCACGCUCUGUGAAGGAUGACCAACUGGCAGCUUGGGGUGGAAAAAUGUCUCCUUGCAUCCUGAGCUUCAAAACAGAUGGUCAUUCCCACUCCAAUUCAAAUCUGAAAUUAAUACAAAGUCUUAUAAAUAACUGUGUUCUUUUAGCCUACUGUGCGCUGAGGCCCCAAAUUGGGGCUUAUUGCCUCUUUCUGCUAAUAACUAGUGCCAACCUUAGCAGCCAGAAUCCUUAUCAGACAUAUAUAGAUAACAGUGAGCCUUUUCCAACACUUUGCAUUAUAACUUGAAUUCAGCCAUCUUAGUUU